AAAAAAAAGCAAAUAAAAACUCGCAUUUUAUACCGGUCACAUUUACAAUAUUAUUCUGAUAUAUUUACGUCUUUAAUAAAGUUCAUAUAAUCAUAAAAGAUAAAGCAAAUAAGCAUCGUUGUAUAGUGAUCAAUUUAGUGAUGUAACGUCAAUAAAAGUUACAAAUAUUUAGUAAUAUUUGUUAAUAACAAGAAAUAAACAACUAUAAAUGCAGAGAAUAUCUGCUUACGUACGAACUUUGAAUUCAACUUUCAUUCAAUCAUUCGUUCCAUACUUGACUACCAGAACCAUGGCAAGCAAUAAUGAUGCAAAGACAUCUUUUGAAAAUAAAAAGCAGGAAUACAUGAACAUGUCAUUAGAAGAAAGAAAGAAAUCAUUUAAAUCAACUACAAAGAGCAUUAAUGAAAUACCAACGUGGGCAGAAUAUUGGUUUAAGAAUAAAUCAAUUAUAAGCGUUAAAGUUUCUAAUCAAAAUGCCAAAGCUGGCAUGGAUGUUGCCAAAAAGAUUUCCUUUUGGAUGGGAGACAUUACCACUCUCGAGGUAGAUGCAAUUGUCAACGCAGCUAAUUCGGUCUUAAUACCUGGCGGAGGAGUCGACGGUGCUAUUCACAAAGCUGCUGGACCUUAUUUGAAAAUGGAAUGUGCCACGUUAGGGAGAUGUCCUGCCGGAGAAGCUAAAAUCACUGGAGGAUAUAGUUUACCAGCUAAAUAUGUCAUUCAUACCGUUGGUCCAGUUGGAAAGAUACCUGAGGUAUUGGAAAAAUGCUAUAAGAAUUGUCUCGAUUUGGCAAAAGUUUAUGGAUUAAGAACCAUAGCAUUCCCAUGUAUAUCUACAGGAGUUUAUGGUUAUCCACAAGAAGCAGCAGCUCGAGUGGCUUUGUCUACAGUCACAAAUUAUCUUAUUAAUGAUAUAGAUAGCAUGGACCGAGUAAUCUUUUGCCUCUUUUUAAACAGUGAUAAAGAAAUAUACGAGAAAUUGUUACCAAGUUAUUUUGAUCUGAACUAAAUACAACUAGCAGUUAAGUUUAUAUUUAG